UUAAUAUGCUAAAUCAAAAAUGGCUGAAACUCGUUGGACUGCGAAAGACGUGCCGUUUAAUAUGUGUUCUAUCGAAGGAUUAAUAUUGUAAAUAAACAUUAAUCAUCAGUGUUUAGUGUUAUUUGUCGUGUUUCGUCUCAGUGCAUGUUGUGUUUUUAUGUGCUCACUUUGUGAUAACACAUAUAUAAGUUUAAACAGUGUUUUGUGUCUUGUUUUCUCGAAGAAUAUCAACUUGUUAGCUGUUUUGGAUUUAUGUUUACUUGACUACGACUAUUUGAUAUUGAUGGCGUGGAACACUCAGUAAACUAAGAAACUAAUGCAAUAUUUAUCUACUUACCAAAAAUUUUAUACAUCAUGUACAUGGGCAAUAGCAGAGGUUGAGUUAAUGUGAUGCUGGGAGGGGCGGGGCCUGCGGGGGGCGACGACCUGCUCACCGUCACCGUCGUCAGGGACGAGCACGGAUAUGGAAUGAAGGUCUCAGGUGACAAUCCAGUGUACGUACAGUCGGUGAAGGAGCACGGGGCCGCCUGGCGAGCUGGUCUCCGAGCCGGAGACCGCAUCCUCAGGGUGGACUGCGUGCCCGUUCACAAGUACGCUCACCAGCAGGUCGUCCACAUGAUCAGAGCGAACCCCAGCACGGUGUUGACCGUGCAGCAGAACACGUCCCGUCUGAAGACACCCAUCACAGCUCCCGUGCCGGUUAACUCCGAGAAGCAGCGGCAGUUGGAGGUGUCGAAGGCGCAGACUGUGAGGCUGAUGUUGGAACAGGAACAGAAAUACAUCCGGGACUUGAGAAAUGACCUGCUCAAGGUACCGGAUGUGAGGAAACAGGCCCAGCUGGAGUCCGCGGAGCAGAGGUGCUCCAUACUACAACACGAGAUAGACACCAUCAUGGCCACACAGCCGGACGCCGCGCCGCUUCCCACUACUCCGAAGCUAUCCCGGAAGGACCCCGACCGAGUCAACAGCGGCUUCCUGUCGGCUCUGCCGCGCUCGCUCAGCAAUCUCACGGGACAGAGUCUCAGGAACCUGCGCCAGAAGAAGGACCAGCAGCUCGUGAGGCAGAACUCGGACGACAGACACAACCAUUCCGCGCCCGCCGUGCCCACCACCUGCCUCGACAACACCCCGCCGCCACCGCUCCCGCCACGCAGGCCGACCCCAACUACCCCCACCCCCACCCCCACCACCACCGCCAACAAGCCGGCCAAGUACAAGAAAUAUCCCGCCCAGCCCUACUCCGCGGACAAGUUCCGGAGAUCCUCCCACUCGCUGGACGGGGAGCUGGACGGCCCCGAACCCAACUCGAUAGCCCUACAACUAUACUACCCGCUGGUGAACGCCCCGCCGCCGCCGCUGCUGAACGACAGCCGCGGGUGUGUGCCGGUGCUGCACGUGAGGAGCCAGUCGUCUCCGGAGCACCUGGACCACGAGCCGCGGACGAGCGCCCUGUCUCCGCCCGAUAGUGAGUGUUGGUCGGGCGGCUCUCCCCCGCUGGUGACUCCGCCCCCCGGGACCCCGCCGCCGCCCUAUCAUCACCCCACACAGCCGUGCGCCGACCCUCAGCGAGCCAUCAUAUCCAUGGAGGAAGACGAACCGCCCAGCUCGGAGUCGUGCGCCCCCGGGCCGUUCUCCAGCUUGCAGUCCGUGCUGGAGUCCCGCGCGCGGACCGCCGUCUUACUCAACUGGCUGCUAGCUGAGAGUCGGUGUGCUAGCGCCGCCCUGCUGCUCCUGCUAACGGACGCCUACCGAGCCGCGCCGCCGCCCGUAGCGGCUCUACGACGCUGGGCCUACGAGAUCCACUCCACCUUCCUCAUGCCGGGCGCCGUGCUACAACUCACCGGCGUGGACGAGAACAUGGCCAACGAGAUAGAACACGUGCUGGUUAACGAAUUCGACAAGGAGGAGCUUCUGCGGAACGUGUUCCGUAAAGCGAGGAGACAGGCCAAGGAGCAGCUGGCGAGGCAGCUCAGCGAGUUCCAGGUGAAAAGACAGGUCGGCCUCGCCACGCUCUACGGACCAGACGAUAGAGUGCUGCAGCGCUGCGAACAGGACAAGCAGCAGGAGCUGGCCGUGGUGGAGCGCAUCAUGUGCGGUCGUCUGCGGGCCAUGUCCGCCAACGGGACGUCGUCGGUGGCGGGGGGCGGGGACGCGCAGUCCGCGCUGCUAGCGGCCCUGGUCACCGCCGCGCUGUGUCUACAGUGCAGACCGGCGUCCGUGUUGGCGGCGGCGGGCGGCGCGCGAGCCUCCUUCCUGCAGCGUGAGAAGCCUUACAGACAGAAACUCAAACAGAUCGCCAAACAACAACCGCAACCGUUCGUGGUCCGAGGUCACCACCUCCAACUCCAAGCCCUCACCUCUGUGGCUCACUGUCACCACUGCGACCUCGUCAUCUGGGGUCUCGCUCCGCAGGCCUAUGUCUGUACAGACUGUAAGCUACGCGUGCACCGCUCCUGCGCUCGCUCCGUGGAGGAAGGCUGCUGCCUGGACGGGGAACACUCCAACAACCGCAUCUCCAGGUUCAUGGAGAGGAUACAUCCGCUGCCCGGUCAGGACUCCAGCGAGAAGAAGUCGAGGAAGUCGUCGGGGACGGCGCACUUCCUGAACAUGGAGCGCAGUUUCCGUAAGAUGGAGGACGACCCGCCCUGGGACAGCUCGCUCAACGCCACGCAAACACAAGGUGAUUCCCGGAGAGAGGGCUCCACUGACGAGCCGGUCGCCGGAGAUGUAGACGGAGACGCCAACGACACGCCGCGGGAGAUAGAGAAAGAGAACAAUCUGAAGAGCAGUUCCCGCGGAGUGAACCGCGCGGAGAGCUGCCGCGAGAGAGACGCGCCGCGGAGAGGGAAACACAGGAACGCCUCCGACCCCAACAGGCUGACGGCGCAUCAUCACCAUGACCUGGAACCAGGUGCGGCGACAGCUCCCUCAGGCAGCUCCAGCAGUUCGAGUCUGUCCUCCAGGAGUAAUGAGAGUAACACCGUGGCGGCUGAACAACAAGCUUCGCAGUCGGACUGGUCGGAGGAGGAAGAUCCUCUGGCCGCCCAGUGGUCGGACAGCUUGCCGCCCGCCAUCAGGGACUCGCUGGUACUCUCCGCCAGGAUAAGGAAGAGACAGGAGGUUAUACACGAACUGAUAGUAUCUGAAGGGUCUCACGUGCGGUGGUUGAAGGUUCUGGGGGUGGACUUCCUCAAGCCGCUAGAGCGUCAACCGUCCCUCCUGCCCGCGGAGGAGCUGCGGGCUCUGUUCCCUAACCUGCCCGGGGUCAGAGAGAGACAUACCAAGUUGUACGCGGACCUCAGGGCCGUCAGGAAUGAAGCUCCUAAUCACGUAGUACAAAUAGGACCCGUCGCAGACGCCAUGCUGAAUACUCUGGGCGAGGCGGGGUAUGCUCCGUGUUUGUCCAAGUUCUGUCGAGGUCAACGAAUGGCUCUCGACUCCUUGCGGGAGAGGAGGAGGAAGAACAAGGAGCUGCAAGCGUUCCUCGCGGGGAGGGAGCAGUUGCCGAGGUGUGGCCGCCUGCAGCUCCGGGACCUGUUGGCCUGUGUGUGGCAGAGAUUGACGAAAUACCAACUGUUGCUGGAGAGCAUCCUCAGAACGGCCGUGGAGUGUGACGACGAAGACGGAGACAGUCCGGAAGAAGUGGCGAGACUUAGGAAGGCGCUCACCGUGGCCAAGGACGUGCUGCAGAGUGUCGAUACCGCCAUACGGACCGCAGAGAACGAGCACAGACUGAGGGUGAUCCAGUCCAAGCUGGAGGUGCGCGCGGGGGUGGGCGGCGCGGAGUGCGAGGAGCUGCGGCGCCUGGAGCUACCCCAGCACCGGCUGCUCCACGAGGGCGAGCUGUAUCUGAGGACGGACUCCAAGCGCUCGGCCGUGCUGGCGCUGCUGCUGGCCGACUGCCUGGUGCUGCUGCAACGGGAGGGGGAGCGGUUCCUACUGAAGCCCGUGGCCCAGCCCAGCCACGCCGCUAUGCUGUCGCCGCUCAUCAAGUGGGAGAGAGUCCUGUUUCGUCCGAACGCCGCCGUUAAGAACACGUUCUUCCUCAUGAACAUCAACGGUAUUCAGAUGCACGAGCUGUCCGCCAACACGGCCGCCGAGUACGCCACCUGGGUGAAGUUGAUCCAGGAAGCUCCCCUCGCCCGUCUGGCGGAGUCCAAGCCGAUCGCCUCUCACGGACACUCGCGCUCCACGGACGACUCCGGUAUAAAUGUAUCCCGGAACCCCUCGGACGCCUCGGAGAAGUCGACGUCCAGCGCCCCGCCCAUGUGUGAGAGCGAGAGGGAUGUAUCGCUAGAGCGAGACGACAAGCAUGAGGAGAAGACCAUGGAGACAGAAGACGGAAGCGAGAAGAGAAUGGAGAGGGGAGAUAGAGACGAGAGAGACGUGGAGAGACCCGCCGACCAAGAGGACAGGAACAGCGUGCCGGUGGUGGGCAGUAACUCCAUCCACCUGUUCUCGCCAUCCGCGCUGGAGUCGUCCGCCGCCCUGGUGGUGACGCCGCCCGCACACGCACACCACGCCACCAGGGUCUACUCGCACCACGAGAGACUCCGUCGCCUGGACGAGGUCAUCAGUCGCACGUUGAAGGCGAAGAGUGCCGUGGUGGCCGAGGUGCUCGGGAUCCCGGCACAGAACUACAGGCACCUGGCCGAGCUGGCCGUGGCCGAGACCCUGGGACAAGUCGACAUCUGCGGGGAGCUGCCGGCGCCCAGAGACGCCGAGCCCGGCGCCGACCUUCACACGCUGCUACUGGCCGCCCAGACACAAGCUAACCAGCUGUCGGAGUCUCUGAGCGUCGCCCUGUCUUCGUCCGAGACGGGGCUGGUGUUGGCUCGCUCCGGGCGGUGUGACUCGUGCGUCAGACAUACCAGAGAAGUGUCCCCGGAGCCGGAUCGAGAGGGUCGUGCGUCAUGUCGUGUGUCGUGCCGUGACGACCGUGACUCGCUCGACGACUCCACCGACCACCGCCUGGAACAUCUCAUGGAUGGUUCGAUGUCGGCGGCGGCGCUGGCGACCCGGCUGGUGGGCGGUGUGUGCGGCCUUCAGAGCACCCUGGCUGCCCUGCUGGCUGCUCUGCCGGCCGUCGAGAGGGAUCGCGACCAGCUGCGGGCCGAGCUGGCCGUGCUGCGGGAGAGGAGCGACCGGGAGCGGAGAGAUUACCACCACCCGGCGGAAGACAUAUUCAGCAAGGGCUCCCUGGAGCAGUCCUUCCAGGAGCACCCCAGUAACGGCGGUUGAUGUCUUCGCUGGAUCCUGGUCGGAGCGGCUCCCCGGCGCACGAAACUUACGAAAAUCGCGUUUUUCUCUCAAAAAUCGAUCUAUAUUUUCGAAGUGGUUUCACCCCCGGCCGCCGCCGCCCCGUGCCGCCUCGUGUGCGGUCGUCAGCGCUCCAGAGGCCGCAUGUUUUAUUCCAUACGUAAGGUUAAUGUGAUCGCUCGUCGUAUAAUAAUGUUCCGUUGUGUUGUAAGUGUAAAUAUUCUCGCCGGCCCCGCCUCGCGCGGCGGCGUGUGGACGUGUCCUUGUCUGCUCGGUCCGCAGACUCUUGUUGAAUUAUAUCCGAAUAGGAAAUGUAGAGGUCACAUGCUUUGAUAGUAAUGCAAUCAUGUUGUCGAGUGUGUAGCGGGCGCUGUAUAUAUUGGGAGAUCUGCGGGCCGUGCGCUCCGUGUACAAAGGAGGAGAGUAGGUCGUGAGGGCCCGGGAAGGUCCCUCGCUUGUGUACCUUGCUAAUGCCAUAUUACUGAUGUAUGUACAUACAGACAUAAGCUGUUUAAUUUAUAUGUAGAUACUGCGUCACCUCGGACUCGGCUUUCUGUCUGAAAUUGUAAAUGACUGUAGGAAUUGAUAUAUUAAAUAAAGAGACCGUAUCGUGAGUACGGCCGGCCUGUAAGCUAUGCAUCAUACAUUAAACAGCUUGUACAUUAGGAUUGUAUAAUUAGAUCGUGUAUAGAGAGGAGGCGCGCCGCGUAGCAGCCUUUGAAGAUUAAUGUAACCUUUAAACAAAUCCUCUGUCUCUUGUUACUAUUUAAACUAUUUUUGAUAACCUUUCUGACAAAGUCCUUGACAAACAAUCUGAAUAAUUUAAGAGAAAUCAUUUAUAACCGACUCAUUGAUCCGAGACUUCGACUGGUGGUCGUUUGACCGACUGCUCGUCUCCGCCUGGGAGCCUCUCUUCAUCUACAAUAACAUAACCUAGGUUAGAGUUACACCAAAUGAUGCCAUCCGCGGCUGACCGAUUUUGAUAAAACUAUUGUUAUUUGUAACAUGUACACCGUUCCUCUUUCCGAACUAUUGAUAUUCGUAGGUUCUAUUUAAUGUAAUAUAUUCCUCAAAAUAUAUUUUAUAUAUUGUAUACUAUGCACAGUCACCCGACACUCGCUACAACCGGUUUUCUAUAUAUAAAGUCCCCGUGUCCUGUCCGUAUGCAGCCACGACGCUUUACACGUUAAACAAACAUUGUAACAAAGUGUAGUUAAUAAAUUCGUUAAACUGAA